GAUGAGCGGUUCAGAGGCUUAGCCCUGCAUUCCAGCCAGCCGAGUCUGUUUAUUUGGUGAACUCGACAACAGUUUAAAAGGUGACGUCUGUCUGCACUGGCUUGGCUUAUAUAUAUCUAGGACAGUGAUCGUCUGGGAGAAACUUUGGAUUAACAUCUUGAGCUUCGACAGUGAUAGAAAAAAAAAAGACAACUUCAUAUAAUGGACGCUUUCUAUGGAACCUGGAAAGUUCAGCUAGACAAGACAACAGGUGUUCAGGAGUUUGGUAAACUGUUUGGUUGGACUGAUGAGAAAAUAAGCCAAUUUUUAUCGAUGGAAUAUACACUUCAAGUUCAGGCCACCGCUGAUGGUACUAGAUGUAUUGUUGACUACGGUGUUGUGAAACUUGAGUUCUCUUUCAAACUGGGUGAGCCAUUCGACUACACAGGAGUAGAUGGUCUCAAAGCCAAGUGCACACCUACUUUAGAUGGCGGAAAACUUUUGGAAACUUUCCAAACAGACGCAGGCAUUGCCUGGAAAACUGUCCGAGAAGUAAGCGGCUCUACCAUGACAGCUGUUACAAGUUUAGUUGGCAAUGACAAUGUGAAAUGUAUUCAAGUAUUUCAAAAAGUUUAACUUGAAGCCACAGCUCAAACAGUCUAAUUUGUGCAAUUCUAAGUUUUUCAUUAUUUAAAUGUUGCUUUCUAGUUUUGUUGAAAUUUAAACCUAUGCUGAGUAUUAAAUGAUGUUAAGCAGUUGUUUUUUAAUUCCUUUUUUUUUAAAGUUAAGUUUGUGACCUAAUGAAUUUAUACAUCUAGUCUACAUGUAAUGUAAGUUAUAUCUCUACUUUUGUUUUGCUAAGUACAAAUCUAGAUACCUCUAUCAUCUAAUUACAUUUAUUAGAAUGAUUAACUAAUAGAUUCAUUCUUCAGUGUAAAAUUUGAUCUAAUGGUAUACACAAGAAUAUCAUAAAGAAUAUAAUUUUAGUCAUUCAUUUGUUAACAACGGGACCAUCAUAUUGAUUGUCCAGUAUUCUCUUCCUAUAUACUUCCAAAAGUCAUCUCACCAGGGCGCACAGCUUCUACUUGCUGUUUAAUUUCAUUAACUCAGCCAUUAAGUUCUUACACAUCAAAUUUUUUUUAACCUUUAUAUCAAUUUUUUAUUUAAUUUGUAUUUUGAUAAAUUUUAUUUUAGAAAUAUAAUAAACUCAUUGAAAAUAAAAUAUUUGUAUUUAUGUCA